AUUUUUCUUGUGUGUGUUCUCGAGUGAUUUUAUGAUUAGAUCUUUGUGGGCACAGUGCUGAUCCCCGGGCUAAUGACCCAGACCCAGAUAAUAAUAACAUCAAAUAAUACCGGCGUGCCCAGCCGGUACAAAAACGAACAUCUCGCUUAAAAUGCUAAAUGCAUCAACGGACUGAAAUUAGUUGGUCUUUAGAUUUGCAAGCAUAAUGUACUACAUGUCAAUUGUGUUCGGUUUAAUUGCUUUAGCUAUCGGUUUAUAUUUGUUCUAUGUAUAUGAUUAUCAGAGAAGGAUUAAUCGGUUGACACACAAUUGGCCAGGACCGCCAUCAUUGCCCAUUAUUGGACAUUUGCAUAUAUUGGCCAAAUUGGUCGGUGGUCCACGACCAUUUAAACGGGCCACUGAGCUAGUCAAUUGCUAUUUGAAGGAUCAUCGUGGCAAAUUGUGGUUGGGCACACGACUCUAUUUACUUGAUUGUAAUCCCAAGGAUAUUCAAGCGCUAUGCAGUGCCCAGCAAUUGUUGCAAAAAACUAAGGAUUAUUCCAUGUUUGAGAACUGGUUGUGUUCUGGAAUCUUUACAAGUGAUGUAGAGAAAUGGACACAACGUCGUAAGAUGCUAACGCCGGCAUUUAAUUAUGGCAUGAUAAAACAAUUUGUGAAUAUAUUUGAGCGUCAGGCACGCAUUUUAUUGCCACGAUUCGCUGCAUUGGCAGAGAGUGGCGAACCAGUGGAUUUCUUUCAGCUAGUCAGCUGUUAUACAUUAGAUACCAUAUGUGAGACGGCAUUGGGUGUUUCGGUCAAUGCGCAAUCGGGCAAGAAAUCGGAUUAUUUUGAUGCUGUCAGAGAAAUUUUGCACAUUAUCGAUUAUCGCUUGAAGAAUAUCUUUUAUCGGAAUUCUUUUAUCUAUAGUUGCACCAAACUGUUUCAACGUGAGCGGAAAGUAUUGAAAAUUCUUCAUGGCUUUACAGAAGGCAUAAUAAAUGAACGCUUGGAGCAAAUUCAAUCGGAUGCGAUUAAUCGGAAUAAUAGUAGCAUUGAAAAUGCUGAAACCGGAGGAAAGCAACCAUUGAGUUUUCUUGAUACUUUAUUACAAGCAACCACACCAGAUGGACGACCAUUAAAAGUACAGGAUAUACGCGAAGAGGUUGAUACCAUUAUCUAUGGGGGUUUCGAUCUAACUGCUGCAACAUUAAAGUUCUUUAUGUAUAGCAUGACCAUGCAUAUGGAAUAUCAAAAAUUGUGCCGUGAAGAGGUCUGGCAGAUAUGUGGUAAAAACAAAGAUGAUCCAAUUACUAUGGAACAAGUGCGUCAAUUGGAUUAUAUGGAAAUGUGCCUGAAGGAGACUUUACGCAUGUAUCCAUCGGGACCAAUCACGGCACGACGAGCCACAGCUGAUUGUCAAAUUAAUGAGUUCCUGAUACCCAAAGGCAGCGAUGUAAUUAUCUCACCCAUGUAUAUGGGACGAUGUAAGGAUUUCUUUCCCGACCCUUUGGUCUUCAAGCCAGAACGAUGGGCACGUGAUGCCCAACCUAAAAUCGAAGCUUCAACAUUUAUACCAUUUAUGUCCGGAGCACGUAGCUGUGUGGGUCAACGUUAUGCCAUGGUCAUGAUGAAACUAGUGUUGGCUCAUUUAUUGAGAAACUUUCUAUUUGAACCAAUUGGUGAGAAGCAGGAAAAGGCGAGACUUAUAUUUAUAAUUACUUUGCAUACGUCUUCGCCUUACUAUUGUCGGGUCAAGGCAAUUGAGUAGACAUAUUGUGAUGGAUGAGGAAAAAAACGCAUCGAUGAUUUGAUCGUUUGGGGCUAAUAAACAUUAAGUUUGUAUAUAUGUA